AUGGUUUUCUGGAGAGAAGUCGGCUUGCAAUUGCGCCGUGUACCCAAAACCGAUAUCUGUUUGACUCAAACGCGGAGAUACCUUUCCUCGAGGACAUGGACCAACACCGGAAUCACAACACAGCCUCGCUCAAACACCGCGCACCGGAGUCUUCAGUCACCAUGGCAAGGAUAUAAUGCAGCCCGUCGUGCUUUCUCUGUGUCCGCACAAGCCGCGCACGGUCAUAUCACGCCGCCAAAGGCCGGAGAAGAAAUCAACAUUGCUUUUAUCGACAAGGAUGGCACUAGGGUCGACCUUCAGGUUGCCGAGGGCGAUAACCUACUAGACAUUGCACAGGCAAAUGAUCUCGAGAUGGAAGGUGCAUGUGGAGGAUCUUGUGCUUGCUCAACGUGCCAUGUGAUCGUGGAUGACCCGGAUACUUUUGACAAGAUGGAAGAGCCAUCAGACGACGAGAAUGACAUGCUGGAUUUGGCCUUUGGCCUUACCGAGACCUCUCGCUUGGGUUGCCAGGUGAUCAUGACCAAGGAACUCGAUGGGCUGGUCGUGCGACUGCCUACCAUGACGCGAAAUCUGCAAGCAAGCGACUUUGAAUCGAAAUAA